AUGGGAUGGAGAUGGCUUCAGGUCACCAAUCUGAGACCAGCCCGCAGAAACCCAACUACCCUGCUCAGCCCCAGCAGCCCAGCUACCCGGGCAAGCCCCAGCAGCCCCAGCCGAGGCCCCAGCAGCCCAGCUACCCGGGCAAGCCCUCACCAAUCUGAGACCAGCCCGCAGAACCCCAACUACCCUGCUCAGCCCCAGCAGCCCAGCUACCCGGGCAAGCCCCAGCAGCCCCAGCCGAGGCCCCAGCAGCCCAGCUACCCUGCUCAACCCCAACUGAGGCCCCAGCAGCCCAGCUACCCUGCUCAGCCCCAACCCCAACCAAGGCCCCAGCAGCCCAGUUACCCUGCUCAGCCGAGGCCCCAGCAGCCCAGCUACCCGGGCAAGCCCCAGCCCCAGCCGAGGCCCCAGCGGCCCCAGCAGCCCCAGCAGCCCCAGCCAAGGCCCCAGCGGCCCAGCUACCCUGCUCAGCCCCAACCCCAACCGCGGCCCCAGCGGCCCAGCUACCCGGGCAAGCCCCAGCCCCAGCCGAGGCCCCAGCGGCCCAGCUACCCUGGCAAGCCCCAGCCCCAACCGAGGCCCCAGCAGCCCAGCUACCCUGCCCCGCCCCAGCCCCAACCGAGGCCCCAGCAGCCCAGCUACCCGGGCAAGCCCCAGCCCCAGCCGAGGCCCCAGCGGCCCAGCUACCCUGGCAAGCCCCAGCCCCAACCGAGGCCCCAGCAGCCCAGCUACCCGGGCCAGCCUCAGCUGAAGCCCCAGCAGCCCAGCUACCCGGGCCAGCCCCAGCAGCCCAGCUACCUGGGCAAGUCAAGGCCUCAUCCUCAGCUUCAUCUCCAGGCCAGGCCAGAGCGGCCAAGCUUUGGCAUGAUCCAACGCAAAGCUGGAAUGUGGGACUCUCAUUCUUCCCAGGACGGUGAUGCUUUUGACUCGAUAGAGAAGUCCACCAACUCUGAAAUUCAGCCAAGAUCUUACGGCUCUCUGAGGUAUUGGGGCUAUAUUUAA